AGAAGCUUUCAGAAAAAUAAAAGUAGAUAUAGAUCCAUUACAUAUUUCAGAACGUAAUUAUCAAGUAGAGCAUAUGAUAGAUUUAUUAUAUUUAAUAGAAGGUGAAAAGAGUUUAAAUGUUCGAAAAAAUCAAAAUGAUAUACCAGAAGACUUAAAAACACAUUAUGUAUAUAUAACAGAUUUCGAUCGAUUAGAUUUAUUACAGAAACAUAUUCUUACAUGUCCAGGUUCAAAUAAGGCUUCACAACGUUUAAUUCUCCCAGAAGAAGAAGCCAAAGAAAUUGAAGCAGAUGAAAAAGAUAAAGAAGAAAAUACUAUAAAAGAAGCGGAGCAGAUAGCAGUUUUAUAUAGAUAUACUAUUCAUUGUUUAGAUGGAACAACGCAAAAACCAGUAAUUAAUCGAGAAUCAGAAAAUAUAAUAAAUGACUUAAUAGAAAACCUUCAAGAAGAUCUAGAAGUUAUUUUAGAUAAGCUUCGUGAAAUAGCUCCAU